CCCCCCAUCCACUUACAGUUCGAACUGCAGUUCUUGACUGCAGUCAGAACUGUGAACGGUGGACUGUGGACUGUUGAAAAAUGUUCACGUCAGUACGGACUGCAGUCGCGGACCGCAGUCCGUUCGGUGGCGUGGUUGUCGUGGUCAGUCUUUCCGGUGUUUUGCCGUAGGUGUGUACUUUGUAGUUAUUAUUCGUUAUAUUAUUUAUUAUAUUUUUAGUUAUAUUAUUCGUUUUGUGGCUGUAGGAAAAGUGCAUUCUAAGUUCUUAUCGUAUGUGAAGUUAAAGUGCAAUGUCUACGUUUGAAGAUUUGGCAGCAUACGCUGUAAUAGCGGUAGCUAUUAAAAAACGCAAGAAACGAAGGCAUCAAAUGUGGAAAAAAGAAUGGCUUCAGAGGAAGAGAUUUAACCACGUUCACCUUCUUAGGGAGCUUGAAGCAUAUCCUAGAGACUGGAAAAACUACUUAAGAAUGGACGAGAAAACGUACUUUGAUUUAUUACGUAUAGUAACACCAUUGAUUACCAAACAAGAUACAAAAAUGAGGGAAGCCAUUACACCACAUGAAAAACUGACUGCGACAUUGCGGUAUCUAAGCACUGGCAGAACAAUGGAAGAUUUAAAGUUUUCAACGAGAAUUUCCCCCCAAACAUUAGGAAGAAUAAUUCCAGAGACCUGCUCAGCUAUUGUCAAGGCCUUGAAUGACUAUUGCAAGGUACCGAAUACAGCCGAGGAGUGGAAACAAAUUGCACAGGAGUACGGGGAAAAAUGGAAUUUCCCCAACUGCCUAGGCAGCAUGGAUGGAAAGCAUAUAGCCAUAACACCACCACCUGGAAGUGGUUCUUACUUCUAUAACUAUAAGGGUUUCCAUAGUCAGGUACUUUUCUGCAUUGCUAGUGCAAACUAUGAAAUAAUUUAUUUUCAUUUUGGUGUUAAUGGCCGGGUAUCUGAUGGAGGAGUUCUGAAAGAGACAGACUUCAACAAGAAACUAACAGAUAAAAGCCUCAAUUUACCUGAAGAGGGCAUUGUAGACGGCGAAGCUCUUCCAUACGUAUUCAUUGCAGAUGACGCCUUCCCCCUAACUGAGGUCAUAAUGAAACCCUUUUCCUAUAGGGUUGCAAACAAACCUAGAAAGGUAUAUAACUACCGACUCUCAAGAGCACGCCGAAUGGUCGAAAGUGUUUUUGGGAUUCUCGCUGAGAGAUUUCAGGUUCUACAAAAACCAAUCACCUUCAUUGACUUGAAGAAAGUGAAUAGUGUUGUUGUUGCGUGCUGCUACCUGCACAACUAUUUGCGUAGGACAAUCCCUCAAAGGUACUCACCUAAAGACUGGUUGGAUUUAGAUGACGACGAAGUUGGUGUGUCUAAGCCUGGACCAAGAACCAGCGAUCACAUGGCAUUACAAGUAAGACAAACCGAUCGCCCAAUGGCUAGUGCAAAAGAAGUAAGAAAUAAAUUUGUUCAUUAUUUUAGCAACAAAGGAAAAGUGGAAUGGCAAGACAGAUACAUCUCUUAGUUUAUAAUGAUUAUUUGAAAACAAAAUACCUCCGAUGACAAACUGUAAGUUAGUUGUAGCAUUGUGAAUACAUUAUUUAACCGCAAAA